UAUAAGAGGCUGCACCAUUUACAGAUGAAUCUCCUCUCUCAAAAUGGCUUAUGGAAGCAGACGCCCAUCUCCUGUGUCGGAGGCCUUUACACUCAGCCCUCUGCCAUACCCAGUCCUAUUCCUACUUUCUGUUGUCAUGAUCUUCUUAGGAACGUCAUGGUACUUCUCCUAUGAGGAUGCCGUCGAAAGCGCUGAAGAUCAAUUCAACUGGGCAAUCAUGGCCGCUCCCUUACUUCUACUAUUAGCUGUCCGUUGGCUUUCCUCCAUCGAAGAUCCAGAUCGCUUAUUCUACCUCUCGCCUGAUGAGCGUCGUCGACGGAGCCAUCAUCGCCCUUCCGAAGGUAGCUCCCCAUGGGUUGUAGGAGUGCUGAUUAUUGUAUUACUAGUGAUGGUCUCAUAUCAGUCGACGUUCCAUGACAAAUGGUUCGCUUGAGGUGUUGUAUGUAUUGUAACUCUACCGAUACAGGUGUUUCGUUGUUUGGGUUGUGUGGAUAGUUAGCGGUUUGUAUACAUGGUGUUUUUUUCUUCUUCUUGUUUGGACUCUGCAGCUUGUACUGACUCGUUCGGGUUCGAGUUGAGUCACGACUCGGUUUGAGUUGGGGGUGA